AUGGAAGGUCGUUUACUCUCCAGUAUUUUUCCGUAUUCUGUAUGUUUUCCUAACAGGUUGUCAUACCGUAGAUAUCUAUGUGGAUUACGGUUUAUCAAGUUUCUUACGUUUUUUCCUGGCAAUACUCGUGCGAAUGGUUAUUGCGAUAAUCUUUUUUUGGGUUUUAACCUUUAUUGUCAACGUAACGUUUCUGGAAGGGCAUAUAACGGGCGCAAUAUCGAUAUCCCUAGUCCCCCGGCACCUCUAACUCUGAAUUCGUUGGUAUCUUACGUGACGGAAUUGCGUUUGUUACACAGAUCAUGUGGCGUAUCGGUGUCAGCUUCUCGCGUUCGAUUCCAAGCACGUGAGUUUCUUACUCGUGGUAUUGCGAAAGAUCUCUUUUGCUCUGAUACCGACAAGGGGAGUACUGCAUUGUGCAAUGGUGGAAUGAAUGAGGAGUGCGCCACGGCAUUACUUUUGACGUGUGGAUAUUUUGAGUUGUCUAUCUUUGAGUGCGGUUGCGGUUAUGAAUGUGUGGAACUGCUUUCCUCCCUUUGGAGUAGUCGUCUUGUUUCGUCACUUUCACCUCCAUGCAGUUGUGCAGCUGCAGGCGAUGCCGGCCGUUUGACUCUUUCAGUUCUUGGUAUGCUUACGAGCGGUGGUGUGCGAACUUCUGCGGAAAAUCGUGAUAAAUUACUACAGUUUCUGUGUAAAAUAUUGUUACCUGUUACGUUGCGUCUCGUUCAAGAAGAGUCGCUUUUUGUGACUUUCACUACCGACGCAGAAAGGGCAAUGACCAACGAUGGGGGAGCUGCCUUUUCGACAUUAAUUUCGGCCCUAACUAAAGCUGCUGUGGCGGGGUGGAUUUGUGGCGAUCGUUCAUCAGGCAGUGGCAGGGUUGCUUUCGGGGUGCCAUCUUUGCCACAGGCGUUCUCCCGGAAGCGAGAGGUCUCGGGCCCAUUAUUUCACACAUUAGCGCAGGGAGAUGCCAUCGACUGUAGCCGCCUGGCUUCGGUGAUGCAGAUGUAUGCUGGAUGCUUAGUAAACGAUCAUCUGAAAGGGUCUGCUUCACAAGUAUUACGUUUUUUUACGCUUACACAGUGUGUUCCGCAGUUAGUUGCACUGGCAGACCAUUACCAAGAGGGCGAUAGGCGCGUAAGUUUGGUUGCGUCGCUUGUGCGGUCUGUAACUGCUGUCCUCCUGGCGUCUUUGGAUGUUAAGGGCACAAACGUCUCCCACCUAGUCGCAAGCAUUGCCUGUUCCUACGCGCGUAUUUUGACAUUCCCCUCAGAAGAGAAAGCUGCGACUACCGCAACAUCAUAUGGUAUUACGAAAGCGAAGGAGCCACAAAAACCGUCGUGGACACUUUUCAGGGACGUCACAAUUGGCGUAAGAAAUAAUAUGCUCUACGGAAAUGAGGUGCUUUCGCCGGCUGUUGUACUGCUCCAUUUGUGUGAACGUGUGACACCCUUUGCACACAAGUAUUUGUUUUCGGAUUUGGCAGCAUUACUUAAUGCCCUGGGAAAGAUAUAUAGAGUGGCGGUAGUGCACUUCAACCGGCGCGCAACCACUUCCAAAAAAAUUACUGAAAAGGCUCACUGUGAUGAAGGUAAUUGCGGUUCACGAGAAACUUGGAAAGUAUCUAGCAAGACGUUCACUCACUCGCGUUUCGAGCGUCGCGGAUCUGCCACGUGUGUCCAACAAGCUCAUCUUUCCCCCACCCACGGGGCAAUGGUUAGUGAAAGCACAGAAUCUCCUCAGGUGGGAUUGACUUCACCAUAUUCACUCGCUCUUCCCUUUGCUGUUAAUGCCGAGGACAUCGCCGAGAUCGAGGGCGAGUUAGAAGUGCUGCUAACUUCUGUUGUAACUGUAAUGGAAAGACACAUGCCAUCUACUCGGAACGGACGACCAGUUUUUGUGUCGCGGGCAAACUUUACAACGGAUGAUUCAGUAUGUGCUGAAGAGUGUGUGGAUAUGAGCCGCAAGGGAUGUGCUACCGAUGGGCGAAAGCACUACGCGGAGGAUACUAGUGGACUACAGUCUGUGCCCACAGCCCGUGCAAAGGAACUUGGUGGCAGAAGCCGUCUGCUAAAGAAGUCGGUUGCUGGUAAAGAGCUGGUGUUGAUUGCCGAAGGUCUCCACACCCUUGGCUGGAGGUCUUUUGUUGCAUUUCAGGAUCGUUUACUGAUGUCACUCUCGUCACAGUUGGGGCAAGAGGUGCUUAGUGGAAGACAGUACGCGUCUCUUGUUUGUCUUUUGCUUCGUGCACCUCCUGUAUUAGCCUCCGUCGUUUUUCACGCAGUGGAGGAUCGGCUUAAGCGACUUAUUCAUUCAGACGCAGUUACAAUCACGGAGGAAUUUAACACUGAAGAAUCCAAAGAAAGUCAGGGGGUUUCUCAAGUGGUGGUUGCCCUCCCGCAUGCACGUGCCAUUCAGGAUGAGUCAAUUUCUUUGUGCGAGGCGUGUGCCGUUAUCUUCGGUUUCGCGUCAAAAAUGGGGAAAAAUGCCCUCUCUCUGCUGAAUGACCUUUUCAUCCGCUGCGGAAAUCGUGUGCUUGUGGAAGUACCUUUGUCGAAUAGCCGCCUUGAUGAAAAUGUUGAGGGCGCCUUAACGAUGUUUGUGGCGAGCUCCACAUGGGUUCUUGCCAACUCUUUGGCGGGACGGUCAGGGUCGCAGCACUCCGGCAAGGAAAAAUCAGUAAUAUCCUUCAUUAAACGAGCUCGUGAUCAUGCAGCACAUGCCUUAUGUGUUUCCUUAUUUAUGGGAAAUACUGUUGGCAACCCACUAUCGCUGAUUUCAGUGGAAGCAGUUGCAAAUGCCUGUAUGAUGUUGGAGUGCUGUGGCAGCAGAUCCGACAAGAAUAUAGAACAAAUUCAUGGUCACUUGAAACGUGCGUAUGCUUUUUUGGUCUCGCAGUGCGACAGUCGCGAACUUGCGCAACUACUGGAAGGCUUCGUAGGACGCAAACAACUGGUUGGGCCACGCAGUCCCCAAGACGAGAGCGAUGUUGGAGUGGCACUACAACUUCCGCGCUGGAUGAUAUCCUCAAUGAAUCUUUCACAGCGCUUUGCUAAGGAAGACCGUCUUCUCUCGGUGAUGUUUUUCCCGUUCCUCAGAGUAAAUGACAAAUGUGAUUCCCACGAAGCCCUCUGUGACACAAGGAGGAAAUGUUUAUACUCCGUUACUGAUGUUGAACGUGUUUUACUUAUUACUCAGCGUUACUGCCGGAAUUUCGGGACGCUUGUUGUUGUUCUGCGGUUACUUCACACAACGGACCCAUCAAUUCUUCGGCAGGGUAACGUUGUUGAUCUGGUGCUGCGGAAGGUUGCCCAAGUUAUGCGCCGUACUUGCAAACCACUUGAUCUCUUCGCCUUCUUCGCGAUGUAUGGUGAUUUUGAAAGUGUCGUGUCAGUCGCUCUGCGAGAACUUGGGCCUGAAGCUAGGUGCUUCGCAAGUGUAAAAAGAAACAGGGACAGUACCGAUAGGGAGGUGGCCACCGCAACCACAUCAAAGGGCAUGUUACAUGGGAGCAGUGAGUUGGCCGAAUUUCUGCCAAUGGGUCAGAUAACAGCCGCUGUAAGUGCAGUGAACCGGUUGCAGUUGCGGUCACUACGGCAAAAUUGGUUAGCGACCACUGGUCCACUUAUCGUCGCCGCAGCCAAGGUUUCUCGCGAGCCACUGGAAGUUGUGCUGGACCUGGCAGAGUUAGUAAAAGGAGAUGAUCCCAAACUUCUUUACGACCUUCUUACGUGCUCCUCAGCUAUGUGUGCCAUUGAUGAAACGUGCAACUUUACAACUGAUAUCAGCACGUUGUUACGACUGCUGCUGCUUCUCCAAGGUGGGAAUUUAUCGAACCCAACGGUUCGCCGACUGCACAUCGCCUCCCGCAAGUUGCUUUUUAGGCCGGCUGAGUUAUAUGUGCCGUCCCUAAUGCAGUUGGCGCAGGUCGCCAUCCUUCCCUCUGUCAAAGGAACGGCGCUUGGGCGGCAGAUUAGGCGCAUUUUCUAUUUUCGUGUGGGAAGGUUGCUGUUUGGCAAGCAGCAAUCUCCCUGGAGAAGCCUUGCAGAUAGUGGUGGGGAAGUGAAUCGUGGUGUGAACUCAGAUAAAUCGCGAGAAACUGAAGUCGACCAUGAAAAGGGUGGUUGGACCGAAUCACUCACAGAACUGGCACUGGAACAUUGGCUGGUGCUAUUACGGUACUCAUCCGUAGGCAAACCCUCUUCGUAUCGUUUAGCUGUGGAGUUGAGACAGAGGGAAGAAGCUGACGAAACGAGAAGGAGGAAAUCCAAAGUUUCGUCUCAAGUUGCGUCAGAGACAGUGCUAGUGUGUACUGAUGAUCAGGUUACUUGUUCUGAUGACGGGCAGACGGCUAACGGUGGGGUUGGGUGCGGCGCCGCGGCAGGCAGGGUCGACAAGCGCUUUGAGGGCAUCGAUAUGUUUCACGCGUUUUCAGAUCGUUUGGUUAUGCAGCUGCGGCAGUCGCUGGGUGCCUCAAAGUUCAUAGCAUUUGUGGGUGAAAUGGUGUUGCAUGCAGCUAAUGCGGCUCCGUACACCUCUCCUCUUGAGUGCGAUGGGGAAGCUUUAUGUGAAGAGAGGUUGAUAUAUGAGGGGACGGCGCCUCUACUUUUAGACGCACGUGUGCGUAGAUUUGUUCGCCUAGCCACCCUCAUUGUGGAGGAGAUGUCUAGUGAUCUCGGUUCCUUCUUAGGGAAUGAGCAGCAUCUGGACCGACAGUGCGUAGACAAGCAAGAUAGCGAAUUAGUGAAGAAGUCCAUUGGUUUGGAUCUCGGUGCUGUUCUGAAAUUCCUUGUCCUGCUUGAUACGUUUGAUCCUCUUCAGUAUGAGAAACGGGUUCUGGAGCGGUGGGAACGUAGGGACGUGCAAACACAGUCAGUUGAACUCUCUGAUGUUUUUGCCGAUGCCAAUGGUCUCCCUCUGCGACACUUGUACCGUAUAGUUCAGCAGCUACCUGAUUAUUGGUGCAAUACGAUGGGAUGUAGUUCCUGCAGUUUCGGAGGGAUAGUAGGCAUUCACCCCACAAACAUUUCCACCGUUUUUGAGUACUGCAUGCCACCCGAAGGAGUAAAUGUAAACGGCGACUGCUGCAUCUUCCCCGUCACUGCAACCACGGACCGCGAAGCACCAACAUGCUGCCACUCAGCAGGUAUCUUUGGUAGUGAUAGGCCACUUGUAACUGACGUUUGGGUUCCACUUUCUAAGGCAAGGCAGCAACAGCAAUUAGUGAACUGCCUUGUAAAGGAGAAGCUGCUUGAUGUGACGAUGCGCUGCUUUUUUCGUGAGGGUGAAUCACCAGCUGUGACAAGAGCACGAUUGGGACUGCUUGGUCCCCGUGACUUGACGUGUGUUUUGCGGACAAUUCUUGCAAAGCGAGAUACCACCAAUGGCGAUGCUGGGGAAGCUUCGGAGAGGACAAGCGUUACCACAAUACUUGAACUACUCACAGAUAUGCUACCAAGCACGGCAGCAGAAGACCUGCACAAUGUUGUGGUGGCGCUUACCCCGCUUUUGUCCAGGUCAGAAUUCUCUGAUCACCCGAAAUUGUCGACAGAUGCUUGUGCGAGCGAGUCCUGUGAAGCGGGGGUGGGGUUGAAGCGCUUCCUCGCACACGUCGCCGUGGUUAUGGGUAACGAUGCGGAGCGUUUUUCCGUACCUGUGCUUUUGGAUAUGAUUGAACACUUGCAUGUUCCACAUCGGCUCAUUUCGCCGGCAGCGGCUGCAAUUAUCUUGAGUUACCUAGUACCACUAGGAAAUGAGACUGAGGGAACCCAACGGGCGGGGGAAGGCUCAUUGGAUGACGAAAUUGAUGUUGGUGCUCCCUCGAUGCAUAAUGGUGCAGGAGCUACAGUGGAAAUAGGGAACACUUUUGAUGCGAUAGUAAGCCUCCUUCAAAGUAUUGUUAACACAGCGCCGGAAAGUCCGAUAGCUUCGGUGCCGCGUACCGGAGAUGUGUAUCACAAAUGCAGUUGA